ACGACCCGCCGCCCUCACAUCACCGCCACCACUGCGACUUGUGGCUCGGUUAGGCUUCCAGCGCCAGAGCGAGAAGGAUUGUUGGAUCCAAAAGGCCCCCGACUCGUCCUCCUGAACCGUGCUUACGCGGGGCGCCGUUUUCUCCAGCCCAGCGCGCACUUUUGAUCCGCCUGGGACAAUAGAUUGCCCAUAAUACCUGUCACAAGAAUGCCUUCCAACGAGUCCGAGUCGCCUGAUGAAAGCGCCUUCAACGAUCCGCCGCAGCAACCGCACGAAUCCACCGCUGCCAACAGCCAGGAAACACAGCAAGAUGGCUCAAGCAAAUUCAAGAGGAUUGCUUGUGUUUUGUGCAGGAAGCGAAAGCUGCGCUGCGAUGGUGCUCGGCCGUCGUGUUCAACGUGUAAGCGACUGUCCCACGGUUGUGGCUACGAUGAAGUCAGGAAGAAAAGCGGGCCCAAGCGUGGCUACGUGAAGCUACUCGAACAACGGCUUCAACAAGUCGAGACAUUGUUGAAGACCCAAGACUCGACAGAUACGCCCAAAGACGCACCACGCGAGGAUUCUGCAGCUGCAUAUGUCGCCAACACCAUCAAUCAAACACUGCCCGACACGAGCGAACAGCCGGAUGCCAGCAAAGCCCAAGGGCCCGGUGCAGUUCCAUUCCAGACGGCAGCAGAGCAACCUGGGUCAUGGGACCUAAUAGCACUUGGGCUGGAGGAGCCUCUGCCUCCCCAGGAAGUCAUGGAUGAUUUAUACCAAAUCUACUUUUCCAGAGUUCAUCCCACAAUACCCAUUAUACACAGACCACGCUUUCUCGCAGCGCUCAACCUCGCCCCCCAUAUGCGUCCACCGGUAUGUCUGCGAUACAUUAUGUGGACCAUGGCAGCCUCCGUCACCGACAAAUACGAGGCACUCCAAGAGCAUUUCUACCACCGAGCCAGAAAGUAUGCGCACAUGGACGAGAUGAAAGGGCAUGGGGAAACGACCAUUACGCUUGCACACUGCCAGGUAUGGAUUCUGACGUGCACAUACGAGUUUAAGAACAUGCACUUUCCAAGAGCUUGGUUGUCUGCCGGUCGCGCCGUGAGAUUUGCGCAGAUGAUGCAACUCCACCGCUUGGACGGCGUGGGUCUGGAUGUGAAGCAGUGUCUGCCUCCGCCCAAAGACUGGACAGAGCGCGAGGAGCGGAGGAGAGCCUUUUGGAUGUCUUUCUGUGUUGAUCGGUACGCUAGUAUCGGUACUGGAUGGCCAAUGAUGAUUGACGAACGAGACAUCAUGACAAACUUGCCAGCAAGCGAGGACGCAUACGAAAAGAGCAGGCCGAUGGACACAGCAUCACUGGAGCAAUCUCUGCAACCCAAUGGCGUGGCGAAUAUUCAUUCGUUUGGCGGCAUCGUUCUGACGGCAGCCAUGUUCGGCCGCAACCUACUCCACCUCCAUCGACCUGGUCCCGCAGACACGGACGAUGAUAUCAAUGGUGGAUACUGGACUCGACAUCGCAGCAUUGAGCAAGUACUGCUCCAGACAUCCCUAGGUUUACCCGACUAUAUGCGGCUACCGUCCGGCGUCGCAGAUCCCAAUGUUGUCUUUACGAACAUGUGCAUUCAUACAUCGACAAUAUGUCUUCAUCAGGCAGCGAUAUUCAAGGCAGACAAACACCAACUACCAGCCCACAUCGGCAACGAGAGCAAGAUCAGAUGUGUAACAGCGGCAGCCGAGGUUGCUAACCUUAUGCGGAUGGUCAGCCAUAUGGACCUUGGUGCAAUGAAUCCUUUCAUAUCUUUCUGCAUUUACGUGGCAGCAAGAGUGUUCGUCCAGUACCUCAAGACCCGACCGAAUGACCAGCAGAUGACCUCUUCGCUACGAUUUCUCCUGCAAGCUAUGCAGGCUCUUCGUCGGAGAAACCCGCUCACGGAUUCCUUUCUGGCGCAAUUGGACCUUGACCUGGAAAGUGCUGGUCUCGCGGGUCUACAGAACAAGGCAAAGACACCCUCGACGGCUAAUCCCACAUUUUACCCCAACGAGAACGCCACUGCCCGAUGUAAUCCUCUAAUCAACAUCCACGAAACACAAAGUUCAACUGGAGCAAUCAACUCACCUGGCAACAGCGAUCUGGUGGAUGCCGCUCCAAAGUCGAGUACACGAUAUGCACAAAACACACCGGGCCCGCCAUUCCAUGUCAGUAAUAUCAACAGCGUCGGUAUGCACACGCGAAAUACGGGUUUCAUUGAGUCGCAAAUGUCAGCACGUGGCAUUUCUACCACUAUAUUGCAACCGGAUUUUGCAUCUGGUGGCUUUGGGAUGCACGACGGGAGUGAAAUGGACCUUUCUGGGGGCGAGAGGAGUGUCGACCAUUCGAGCCCCGCAACGAUAAGUUCACAAUCACGUGGCGGCUCAAUGUCGCAGUCUUCAUAUUCGCCCAGCCAGCAGAACGAGAUGCACAUUCCGUAUCGGGAAUCACCCAAAGUAUCCUAUUCUGGCUUGGCGUCGGGAGGUACUACAGGCUUCUCAGGCUUCGUAUCAACCAGUGAAGCUCUUCCCAUACACGCCUUUGGUGCCUCGGGAACCGGAAGCGACGCCUACAGCAACGGCCUUAUGGUGGGCGAUGAAUGGGACUAUGCUGCGCUCAAUGCCGAAACAGGCUUCACAACGGCUGACACAUCAUGGGACCCGCUUGAAAGUGUGACGAUGGGAUGGGGCGUAACUGGUCACUUUCACGACAUUCAAACGAAUCUCUUUGGCGCAGGAUGAGGCGAUGUAUGAAUCGCGGACGAGAUAUUCCAAACUUAUGCCAUUGUUACAGAGCAGGAUACCCAGUUUGGCCUGGAUGUACACCAAC